AGAAUCCAAUGGUCUUAAACUUUGACGAAAGGGCACCUAUUUCAGUGAUUCCAUUUCCAACCGUAACAAUUUGUUCCCUAGUUAAAAUGAUGAAGCAUAAGUACAAAGGAACGAAUAUCAGUUUAAACUUAAGUGAGAAACUAUCUAAAAAUGAGUUAUCACAACUUGAGGCAUUGGCACACCUUUGUCCAAGAAUACUUUUUCAUGGAUCAGAAAAUUAUUUUUCAAACGAAUCGAUUUACGAUGUAAUUGAGGAUCUCGCUCCCAAUCUUGAUUAUUCACUGCGUAAGUGUCAAUGGCAAUCAAAGGAUAUUAGGUGCUCCGAUUAUAUCGUUCCAAUGAUGACUAAUAACGGCCUCUGUUUUGCAUUCAACGCUUUGAGUUCACAAGAUAUGUACACUGAUCAGGCAAACGCAAUUUGGACAGACACUUAUAACACCAUCUAUAGAUGGCGUUUUUGUUUAAGAUAAGCCUGCCAGAUUUUUUUUUUAUGUCGAUCCG